UAAGUAUCUACUAAGAACAAUACUUUAGAAUUUUACUUAGUUUUGAAAAUAUACUUUUAUUGAAUUUUUCCUACUACGCUAACUCAAUCAAAAUGGAUCAAUACCAUCGAAAACUGAUUAACAACUGUAUGUCUCAAUUAAUAAAUGCUACUUUUGAUUUAAAAACUAUUGUUGAUACUCUAUUAGAAAAAAAUGUGAUAAAUGAAUGGAUGAAAGAUUAUAUUUUGGAUCCCCAAGAAGAUUCAGUAAAAAAAUUAUAUGAAUUAAUUCAAGGACGGGGGCCAAAAGCAUUUACAGAUUUAUGCAAAGUAUUAAAAGAAACAAACAACAUAAAAGCUUUCAACAUUUUAAUUUCAUCCAAAACAAGUGAGAAAGGGGAACAACAACUUAGUUCAAUUAAAGUAUUAGACGCUACGUUUGAAAAUACCAUAUUAGAACUGGAUCAACCUUAUGUCAAAAUUCAUCCAGAACGUAAACUCAUGGAUAAUGAUAAAACACUUUUACCAAUUGGUACUUAUCCAAUGAAAUCAAAUCCUAAGGGUCAUGCAUUGUUUUUAAGUAUUAAUGAUAUAAAAGAUAAUGAUAAAAGAACAGGAUUAGAUGUUAACAUGGCAAACUUAAAUAAAUUAUUUAAAAGCCUAGGAUAUAUUGUUCACACAAAAGUAGAUGUAACUGAAAAGGAAAUUAAAAAUGUUAUCGAUGCAUUUGUAAAUAUAUGCUAUAGUGGAAAAGCUAACUCCAUUAUUGUUUUUAUAAUGUGUCAUGGUCAUGCUGGAAAAGAUGCAACCAGAUUAUCAGAUGUAUUUACUACGGAUGGUUUUACUAUUAAUACUGACUGGCUCAUUGAACAAUUUGUAAAUAAAGGCUUAACCAUAAAUAUACCCAAGUUAUUUUUUAUUGAUGCGUGUCGAGGAAGAAACCAUGAAUUUGGCUGGAAAUAUUGUGAUGGUGGAAAAAAUUAUUUACAAAAUAGGAAUAAACCUCCGUUUACAAUUAGGAACCUCUAUUAUAGAGACGUGUUCAUAGCAUAUGCCACACUUCCUGGGUGUACUGCAAAACAUGAUCCUUUAGAUGGGUCAUGGUUUGUACAAAAAUUGUGUCAAGUAUUUCGGGAAAAAGCUUGUGAUACUGAUUUGUUUCAAAUGAUUCAAUUGGUGGACAUUGAAUUAGAAAAACUGAAUAGCAUUGAGCGUGGGUUUCAAACAGUAGAAUGGAUUUGCAGAGGUUUCAACAAAUAUUUUUACUUUAAUCCAGGUUUAUAUGAUGAUAAUUCAGAUCAUAAUUGAAUGACUACUUUAAUCCUACAAAAGUGUGCUAUUAGUCAUUAG